UGCUGCAAUAAAGAUAUUUGCUUUCUUGUCUAAAGAGUUGUACAUUAUAUCUUACAUUUCUCGUCGCUUCAGCUUUCCUCUUUUCAAGCAAGAAAAAAGGUAUAUGACUUUGUUCAAGAUGGGUGGAGAUUUGAUGGAAGAUGAUUGGGAAUUUGCCUCAUCGUCAAACCCUAGCAGAACCCUAGUUCUUGUGGGCCGUACUGGAAACGGAAAGAGCGCAACAGGGAAUAGCAUCCUUGGAAAGAAAGCGUUUAGGUCAAGAGUAAGUACUCUAGGAGUGACAAGCACAUGCGAGUCACACAGAGUUGUCCAAGAAGAUGGGCAGGUCAUCAAUGUCGUUGACACUCCUGGUCUGUUUGAUUUGUCAAUGGCAGCUGCUGUUAUCUGUAAAGAGAUUGUGAGAUGCAUGACUCUGGCUGAAGAUGGAAUCAGUGCUGUUCUGUUGGUGUUCUCUGUGAGGGGUCGUCUCUCAGAAGAGGAGAAAUCCGCGGUUUAUCACUUGCAAACGCUGUUUGGGAGUAAAAUUGCUGAUUAUCUGAUCGUUGUUUUCACGGGUGGCGAUGAGUUGGAAGAGAAUGAAGAGACAUUGGAGGAGUAUUUGGCUCAGGCUUGCCCUGAGUUUCUGAAAGAGAUUCUUGAGCUAUGUGACAACCGAAUGGUACUGUUUGAUAACAAGACUGCGGAUAAGAGCAAGAAAGCUGAGCAAGUUGAGAAGCUUCUCUCACUGGUUGAUUCUAUUGCUAGAAAGAACAAUGGAAAACCGUUUACAGAUGAAUUGUUCCAGGAGCUACAGGAAGAGGCUAUCAAGCUACGUGACCAGAAAAAGGAGGUUGAAUCGCUGAAGGGUUAUUCAAAGAAUGAGAUAUCUGAAUUCAAGAAGCAGAUAGAGAUAUCGUAUGACCGGCAACUUAAUCGCAUCACAGAGAUGGUGGAGACAAAGCUGAGAGAAACAUCAAACAGGCUAGAGCAGCAGCUGGGUGAAGAACAAGCCGCAAGACUUGAAGCAGAAAAGAGAGCAAACGAAGUCCAGAAACGGUCAAGCGAUGAGAUUAAGAAGCUUAGAGAGAAUCUGGAGAGGGCGGAAAAAGAGACAAAGGAGCUCCAGAAAAAACUGGGAAAGUGUAUCAAUCUGUAAUUGAGAAAUGGAAGCUUCGUUGAAGCCUGAUAAGAAGGGUGCUACAACUUAUAAAUAUAACUAAAGACGCAUGCAUGUGAAUAUCUUUUCAUGCUGGACGAAUUUGAGUUUGAGUUGAUUUUUAUUUUCUAUGGUUAAAAAGUUUAGUCUUUCUGGUUUUGAUAUGAUAAGUUAGCCUACUGGCAAGA